AUGAGGUAUGAGAAGGUCGAGCUGAUCAGCCCUGAGUCGAGCAAGGCGAAAGCACCGCCGCCUAUGGAAACACCUCCACCACCGUCUAUGGAAACAUCUCCAUCACUGCCUACCAAAACAUCACCACCUCCGAAGCUGUCUCCGAUGUCGCAAGCCACCUUGAAGGCGGUGAAAGAACGGAAUAAGAAAAGGUCUCGUAAGAGGACUCCGGGUGCCGUCGAACUUCACUACGACAACACCUACGCUCGCUAUCAGUGGCUUUUGUCGGGCUGGAUAGCUGAGGAGCGCUUUGUUCCGACCGGCCGAGGGGGCAUUGGCAGGAUCUAUAAGUCUUAUUAUGAUCCAACCGGGAUGAGGUACUGCACCAAACGCGAUGUCUUGUAUGCUAAUGCAUGGGAGAAAACCAAGAAUAUCAUUUUCAUUGAUUGA